GUCAAGCGAAUCAUCGUUCGGCACGACAUUCGGGCGCUUUGGGCAAUCGGAUCGCGGUGCACUUUGGUCUGCACGCACGUCGUAUUUUUAGUUGCUGCUCUUCGCUAUUUUUGGAAUUGCCCACCCUUCUGAAGGCUUUUCUUUUUGCACAACGCAAUUAAAUAAUCAUGUCUGACUGGGAAGAUGAUCCUACGCCAGUGUCCGGAGGAGGAGCUGAGACCAACGGUUUUGGCUCCGGGAGUGGAGGGUGGGGAGGUGGUGGCAGCCGUGGAGGACGUGGUGGUGGUGGUGGUGGUGGUGGUGCCAGCGGCAGCAAUUUUGCUUGCAGAAAGUGCGGUGAAGACGGUCAUAUGGCGAGGGAUUGUCCCUCAGGUGGUGGAAGCAGCAACAGAGGUUGCUUCAAAUGUGGCGAGGAAGGCCACAUGUCACGUGAAUGCCCCUCUGGAGGUGGCGGUGGAAGUGGAAACAAAGGAUGUUUCAAAUGCGGCGAAGAAGGCCACAUGUCACGAGACUGUCCCAACGGCGGCGGCGGCGGUGGCGGUGGCGGCGGCGGCGGCAACAAAGGAUGUUUCAAAUGCGGCGAAGAAGGCCACAUGUCACGAGACUGUCCCAACGGCGGCGGCGGUGGCGGUGGCGGCAACAAAGGUUGCUUCAAGUGCGGGGAGGAAGGCCACCUCUCCAGGGACUGUACCAGCGAGGCGUCCAACGGCAGACCGGAGAGGCCUCGUGGAUGUUUCAACUGCGGAGAAGAGGGGCACAACAAGGCUGAUUGUCCCAAUCCUGCCAAGCCGCGAGAGGAAGAGCUUGGUCCGGACGGCAAGCCACGUCCUCCGUUGUACGUUCCUGAGCACAUAACCGACGAGCAACUCUUCCUCGAUGGCGUCACUCAGGGCGUCAACUUUGAUGCUUAUGAAAACAUUCCCGUGUCGGUCUCGGGCAGUGGGGAGGUCCCACCGCCAUUAGCAAGCUUCAAUGAGAGUGGACUUCGUGAACUGCUACUGAAGAAUGUUGAGCUUGCCGGCUACAGGAAGCCGACACCCAUCCAGCGUUACUGCAUCCCUACCAUCAUGGCGGGACGGGACCUCAUGGGCUGCGCUCAAACCGGCUCCGGCAAGACGGCGGCAUUCUUGCUACCAAUUUUGAACGGUAUUCUUGCGAGUGGAGAAGUUGGCAGCAGCAUGUCAACGGUGGCUGAGCCUGCGGCUGUUAUCGUGGCCCCUACACGUGAACUAGCCAUUCAAAUCCACAACGAGGCCCGCAAGUUCGCGCUCAAAAGCAUCGUGCGCACCGUCGUUUGUUACGGCGGUGCUGCAACCAACAGCCAGUAUCGUCAAUUACAGAACGGCUGCGCCAUUUUAGUGGCCACUCCAGGACGUCUGAUGGAUUUUAUUGAUCGCGGGCGCGUGAGCUUCUCAUCCGUCAAAUACGUGGUACUGGACGAGGCCGACCGCAUGUUGGACAUGGGCUUUGUUGGGGACAUCGAGAAGAUCAUGAACCACCCCACGAUGCCGCCUCUGUCCGAUCGUCAGACGCUUCUCUUCAGUGCCACAUUCCCUGAAGAGAUUCAGGCUAUGGCAGGGAAGUACCUGAACGAUUACGUUUUCUACGUGGUCGGUGUGGUUGGCGCCGCCAAUACUGAUGUUGGCCAAGAAAUCCUGAAUGUUCCUAAAUUCCAAAAAAGGGACAUGUUGAUCACAAAAUUGAAGGAAAUCAUGGACGCGAGCACCGAAAACAAGAUCCUGGUGUUCGUGGAGACUAAGCGCACUGCGGACUUCAUCGCUUCCUACCUGUGCACGCAAAAGUUUAGCAGCACAAGCAUCCACGGGGACAGGUUUCAAUCGCAGCGAGAAGAAGCCCUCGCUCAGUUCAGGGCAGGCGUCCGAUCUAUCCUGGUGGCUACAGCUGUGGCAGCUCGCGGGCUGGAUAUAAGAGGCGUGUCGCACGUGAUAAACUACGACCUUCCGAAGGAAGUGGACGAGUACGUUCACCGCAUAGGACGGACGGGACGAGUAGGAAAUAAAGGCAUGGCCAUCAGCUUCUACGAUGAAACACAGGAUGGACCUCUUGCUAAAAAUCUAGUGAAAAUUUUGUCUGACGCGGAACAAGAAAUUCCUGGCUGGUUGAAAGACACGGCUGCCUUGAGUGGUCAUGCUCAGACCUACUACGGCACCGGUGAUUUCGCUUCCACCGACAUCAGAGGACAGGGCCUAUACCAGGAGGGAUCUGCUCAAGCAUUUGGCGGUCCUGCUCCAGCCGAGGAGGAAGAAUGGUGACCGUCUUAGUUUCGAUUUGAUCGUCCACGACUUUAGUUUUAAAUUUGAUUUCUCCGUCAUCUGACGGAAGUUAUUUCGCAGUUAUAACGGAAGUUCUGUUAACGAACGCUUUAAAACUCGUUCACCGAUGGCGCUUUGUUGCCUUGGCUCCAUUUUUGCCAUUUUGACUCAAGUUAUACUUUGUUUCUUUUAUACGGAUAUAAAAACUAACAAGUUGUGGGUUACUUACGAUUGAAAUGUUUGUCCUAAAAAAAGGGCCGGUAAGUUAACUGUUUUUGAAUAGAAAUUUAAGUACCGGAAUCUUGUCAACUGAAAGCUUUCCUGGAGAAUGGUAUGCUUGCUUAUUGUGCUGCGAGAUGGGCUAUUAUAGUUCGCGUUUAGCCCAAGAUAAGAUAUAAAACUGAAGCUUUAAUAACGAAGCUAGUGCUGGAUCGUGCAAUUUUUGCGCUACCUAUAGCAAGUUGAACUGGCUACCGUCAUAUGUGAUACCGCCUAGUCUAGUCAGUCAACGCCACAGCAAGCCUUUUUAUGGAGAGUAUAUUCAGUAGAAAGAU